AUGCCAGUCGGAAAGAAGGCCCGACAGCAAACACGGGAUAACCAUCUGGUCGUUCUGCCCGGGAUCCAUCCACCCAAACGGAGAACGUGCGCACGUGCGCAUAUACACAUGCACACAAACGCAUGCCUGAGAAUCGAUACGAUCAAUCCUCAUACACUAACACGCAUGCACAGCCUCGUGUAUACCGAGUCUUGUUACCAUCUCGACAAGCGAACAGUUGCCCUACAGCAACAGCUAUCUGCCGGCCUUGAUUGCUGUCGUCGUCGUCGUUGCUGGUGCCAAUGUUGGGGUGUUCUGGUGUCAGCUUAUGGUGCUAACGCUGUCGUCGCUGUCGUAGUUGUUGUUGUUAGUGCAAAUGGUGGUGGCAGUGAUGGUGGUGCAGUAGGGGUUGAUGGAUCAGAGUGA